UACACGUUUUAUACAGUGCACUGUUUACUUUGUAUCUUAAGCUCAACUUAAAAUAGAACAAAUCCAUAAGAGUGCUUAUAGAAAUUGAAAUGACCUUUAUGGAUAAUAAGUGUAACGAUUGUUAUAAAUAAUAUAAAACCAAAUCUUCAUUCAAACAACUUGCAUAAUCUGCAGGAAAAUCGAGGGGAAUUAAAAUAACAGAUCUCAAUAUUUGCGACCCUGAACGAAACAAGUGGAAGUGCGCUGUAAACGAUAGACACUCCUUAAGAAACAUUGAUUCAGAAGUGAUGUAGCUGCGUGUGAACAAAUGUUAGAAUUUGGAGGUAUAGUGUUUAAAUAUAUAUAUGGACAGUUACUCUCAACAAGUUAACUAGAGUGAAAUAUAAACAGUUCAAUAACAAGAAUUGCUGUGUCCAGAGUAAAUAAUAGAAGUAACAUGGAGCUACACGUGUGGGCUAGGUUUGACACGAGCGGCAAGAUAGAAAGCGUCCAGUCGAGUUUCUCACAAACCCCAGAAACGCAAAAUCCUCCAGGUUGGGUAGGGAGCGUGGCGCCCGAGGGUGGGGAACGGUUUGUCCCGUAUGAGGAGAAGAAGGAUCUGGACACGAAACUGACCCGGAAGGUGGACGAGAUGGGUCUUAUUGUGAUGCAGAUGGCCGAACUGUCCAAGCGUAACAAAAUCCAGGAAAAGUUGAUACGACAGUAUGAAGAAAGAAUUAAAACCCUUGAAAAUGAGUUACAUGUCAAUAAUCACAAGACAUCAGACAAUCCAGCAGCUGGAGAACGAACAUGUGGUUGUCGCCGUCAAUCCCAAACGGAGCAAAAAACUGUGAGCAUGACGACCAGUGUUACCAUACAAUGUAGUUGCGCGAGUCAGUCUCUUUGUCCGAAAGACAAUGAUAAUGAAGGUAUAGCCAUUACAGAAGAAAAUGAUCUCUCUAAAGAAGAGAACCGUUCUGGUAAAAGUCAACACUCGCGACCCAGUACUCUUAAUAUUGAUGUCGGUUCUUCCUCAUCUAAUGGAAGUGUUUCAUUUUCUGGUAAUAUGCCACCGACUUCUGUAACAAAGGGUUAUGUACCGAAUGAAAAGGGAUAUUGCUACGCCAGAAGCAUUCCUAAACGUGUUGAUAGUGAUAUGAAAUGUGUAGAGGACGAAUCUCACACGGCAGACGCUGAAACUUAUACACCAAGCAUAUGUGAUAAUUUAAGUCCGUCCAAGGAUGCGUUGACUGACGUUGAUGGUGAUAUAUUUGGGCACCUCGAUUGCCAAGGGUACUUACAACUGGACACAAGUAAACAACCCGAGAAUAGAGAUUCACCUCUUGGAUGUGUGGACUCAAAAGGCUACCUGAUACUGACCGGAAGGAGUUUGAGCGCGCAAUCGGAACAGAUGCAUGGACCCCACGUACCAGACAUGGAGGACGGAGCUCCGAACCAUCACAUGGACAGGUGCUCACCCGUGCAUCACGUGAACGAACAGAUACAUGUGUCGUUCAAAGAAUUCCGGUCUAACAGCCAAGAAAAGGACACUAUUGAACAGGUGCCAGUUUCCUGUAGCCCGACACAGCGGCAGUCUGUGACGUUUGAUCCCGCACAUGAGGUACACACCGGAUACAUUGAAAUCCCAGAGACAUCUACGAGCGAAAGGAACCCGAUGCCCGUGCCCCGACGCCCAAAAUACCGAACAUCCAGUGGGGGCGAGGCAGACCUUGUCAAACCAAAGCGUCACGGUGCCAGGUCCGAGACCGUACCAGGCUCAAGCAGCCGGCAGUUGGGUCGGGAUUCACCGCCCACUCCGCUGGUGGACACACACAAGGGUCACGAGCACCCAUUAUCGCCAGCGUUGUUAAACGGGUUUCACAGGAACUCUUGCCCUGAUAUCCGGAAGGACGAUAAUCUAAACACAGUGCUUAAGGAUAUGCGGACGACGGCCGAGUGGAACCAGGAGAAGCAGCGACUCAUUUUCCGGUCGUCCGACUGCACAGCGUCCGUCGUCGAACACGAAUUGGGUGCCACUGUUCAGGUGAUAUACCAGUCGUUUAAAUCAGUAGCAGCCAAAAAGGGCCAUCACAAAGUCAUGGUUUAUCCCACAGCGGACCUUUUCAAACGCGUCAGACGGGAAAUAUACCGCCAGUCUAGCAGAGAUGUGUCGGAGGAUUUCUGUUGUAAAUGUUUGGACAUCAUCAAGGCCAAGGUCAAGGCCAAGAGCCCUUGAAACGACGUCAAAUAGGUCUUUUAGGCUUGUAUAUAUGCGUAUAAGAAAUGGUCCGUAAGACGUUCGGCAUAUCGACUUGGCCCCGAACGAGGUUGGUGCUAACGACAUGUUUUUAAAAUUCGAUAGCAUUCAACGCUGGAGUUUUCAGCUGUGCCGUAAUGAUAUUUGCAGUAUUGUAUGUCAUUCUUGAACUCACAACAGCCGUUUCAGAAAAGUGUAUGGUUCAAAACCGUCUGAACCCAAAGGUUCAAAACCUGAACCCGAAGUAGCAAGACUGGAUACUGGAUACUAGUACUUGCCUAUUCAACAGGUCCUCCUGUUGUUUUUGAAGUGAGUUAAUGUAACACAAAUUAAUUGUGGUUUAAAGGGAAGGACAACGUGGGUUAAACGUGCAAAUGAAUCAUUUCUACAAGGUGCAUCAACCAUUAAAUGGAAAUGAACCGUUCCAAGUAUUCGUGAAUUUUAACUUUAUUCAAAAUAGCAAGUUAAGUGGGCAUAAAUCAACAUGAUGAUGUAUUUGAAUGUUAAUGCAAUUGCAUGUUAAGCUUACCACUGAAGUUUUCUUUUAAUGAAGUAGGCGUGUACUUAUUUGAACCUGCAUUAUUCUGUACAAUGAGGCUUAUUGUAGUAUUGACCGAUAUCCAUGAUUUGACAAUCUUGUGAGCCUUUAUGGUGGGCACCAGCUAGCUUUGCAGGGUAAGUUGUCCUGUUAAAUCCCCAUCAUGUCAUAAAAGUAUAUUUUGGAAUAUUAUGUUUAACAAAUAUAUAAUUAUGGUUUAUUUUUUAUAAAAUGGACUCAAAUGUUUGUGAUAUAUAUAGUGUUUGUUAUACAAACUAAAAAGAAUUGUGAUAUUUGUUUUGGAUCACAUCUGUUUAUAUUGUGUUAUACAUUAUUUGAUCUAAGCAUCAAUCAUUACUUUCGACUGAUGUGCUUUAAGUUUACAUUUAAUUGACACUAGAGCAUACUAUGACAUGUUUCAAUCUCAGAUGUUCAAUGUGAUUUUGCAAUUGUACAAAUCUCUUUAUAAAAAUUGUUUACAUGAAAUAUAUUUUGUAAAAUAA